GACGAUCAUGGGCCCGCAUGGCAUCAGCCGAGCCGUACAGAGGCUGGAGUUCUGCGACUGCAAGAAGGGACUCGGUGUGAAGAUAAUCGGGGGUUACCGAGAGCUGACGGGAGAAGAGUUUGGUAUCUACAUCAAGAGGGUGAUAGGCGGUGGGUUGGCGGCUAUGGACGGUCGGCUUAAGUCAGGUGACCUGAUUUUGGAUGUCAAUAACAUCAGUCUGAUAGGGGUGACCAAUGAGAGGGCGGUGGAGAUCUUGAGGACAGCCUCACUCUCUAAUCACAUGUCCCUGCUGAUCGCCAGAGAUGAUGAAUCCAGGAGGGAGUUUGCUGAGCUGAUGGAGAAGUACGGCUCCAAUAAUGUCGCAGCUUCAGGACGAAUCUCUCCCACGCAGCUCUCCGCAGGGAAGCUGACGGACACCGCCUCCUCCUCCUCCUCUUCCAGAUCAGAGAGCCCCCAGCUCCUCAGUCCUAAAGAGGGGGUCACAGCCUACACCCACGCCCCCCCUUACACCAUGCACACGUCCUCGCACGCCUUCAGUGACAGCGUCAUUCAGUUGAUAUGCGUGGCCAAGGGAACAGGCCUGGGGCUGGUCAUCAAGGGCGGAGCUAACCGUGCAGAAGGACCAAUGGUGUUGAUUCAGGAAAUAGUGCCUGGAGGAGACUGCCAGAAGGACGGCAGGCUGCAGGUUGGGGACCAGCUGGUGUCCAUCAACAAAGAGUCCCUGAUCGGAGUGACGUACGAGGAGGCCAGGAGCAUCCUGACACGCACCAAGCUCAGACCCGACCCUACGGUGGAAAUUGCCUUCAUCAGGCGGAGAUCAUCCUCCAGCUCCAGCAGCGGGCCUCACAGCCCCAUCUCCCUCCAGGGGUCUGGCGGCGGAACUGGACCCCAGAUGAGGCCCCCGGGGCUGGGCGCAAUGCCUCCUCAGCCCACCGUGGUCACCAAGAUCACCUCCAGCCGGAACCCUGCCUGUGAGACUCUGCCAGCAGUCAACGUCAGUCAGGUGCGAGUGUCUCCGGCCAGAACCGAGCCGACUCAGGUCUCCCCAGCAGAGAGCGACAGCAUCCCUGAAACACACCCUGAGGCCGUCAGCAGCCAGCCUCCUCAGAGGAGAUGCUCCCUCAGCACCAGCCGCCUCAGACUGGAGAGGGUGGAGCAGGCUCUGGAUCUGCUCGGGCUGAAGCCCACAGAGGCUCAGCAGCAGGCGCUCAGGUCCAGACUUCAAGCCGAUCCAGCCGGGACGGUGGCCUUCAGG